AUGGCUGCUGAAGUGAAAGAGUUUAAUUAUCCACAUAUCAGCAAAAAAACAUGUACAUUUACACACAAGUACACAUAUUUAAUUACUUUAAUUACAGAUGCGAAACUGCAAAUCUCUCCCAUGGAACUGAAAUGGGAGUUUGAAGAAGGACAACAGAUUUUUAGAGUCACAAACAACACAAAGGCACGUUUCGCCAUCAAAGUCAAGUGCACUGAUGUCGAUUUGUACAGUGUCUCACCUGUAACAGAUUUCGUUGAUUCUGGCAAAGUUCUCACGGUUGCUGUUGUACGUGCUAAAGGGCCAUUCAAAAAGGAUAGAAUAGUACUUUGCUCUAAGCAGGUGUCUCCUGAUGAGAAAGAUGCUGCAGAAGCAUUCAAAACAGGAAUUCCAAACAUAGACGUUAUCAAGAUGGACCAAUUAAUCAGACAAAAUCCUUAA